CUUUUUUUCAUCCAAGAUCCAAGUCAAGUGUAGCAAUAGCGAGUUCUGUCUAUUGUCUGGGCUGGAUUGAAAAAUAGAAAAUUGAUAACCAAAUUGUGAAACAAAUUCUUCUCAAGUUACCACAAGUUAAUCAUUUGGUUAUUCUCUUUUCCAUUACAACCCAAACACACUAUCUGUACAUUUGAUUUUUGAAGUAUGUCUUCGAACGAUAAAAAUAUUGCUCCGGCAAAAGACGACAGUGACCUCAACGAACUUUUGGACGAUGCAUUAAAAGACUUUGAAAAGUCAGAUUCAACAACGAAAUCAUCAAAAGCAGAUAAUACAACCGUUGACAGUGAUGACCAAAAUGCAUUUUUCAUGGAACAAGCUAGAUUGUUUAGCGAACGAAUGAGUACUCUUGUUGGCCAGCCCGAAGGUGGAGAAGAGCAACUCAAUGAACAAAUGCUAGCUGGUUUUAAGAAAAUCGCCGAAGCAACCGCAAUUGCAAUUCAAGGAGAAAGCACCGCAAACGAUGAAGAAGUAAAGAAAUACUCUGAUAGUAUAUCCGAAGCUCUUAAGGGUAUGAAUGAAGCCUCAGGUACCCUACAAACAGGCCUUUCCGAGACAGACGUUGCCAAACUAUUCUCAGGACUUGGUUUGGAAGAGGGUGCGGAACCUGAUGAGAAUCCUUUCCUGCCAUUUAUGGAAGGCAUGAUGCAAAGUUUACUCUCUCCGGAAAUCUUAUUGCCUGGAAUCAAGGACCUAGUGGAAAAAUAUCCCAAAUACCUCGAAGAAAAUGGUGAUAAAAUAAGUCCCAGCGAUCGGGAAAGAUACGAAAAACAACUAGAACUCUACAAAGUUAUUUGCAAUCGUUUAGAAUCGGAAAAACCCAAUGAAACACCUAAAGAAAAACGUGAAAAUAAUAAACUUGUGAUGGAAGAUAUGCGUAAACUUCAAGAAUACGGACAACCUCCAGAAGAAAUAGUCGGUGAAUUAACAGAUAUGUCUGCCAUAGACCCUACUGCGGCAGCUAAUCCUCAAUGCCCAAUGAUGUAGGAGCAUUUAGCAAAACAAAAUAAAACAAACACAACAUAAAAUGGCGAAUGUUAUAUUUUUUAUAUAUGUUAUAUUAUUUUCUUUUUUCUUUUCUUUGUUAAACGAAGAAUAUUUAUAAUAUUUUAGUAAACACAAUUUUAUAAAACAACGGUGGUUGAUAAAUAAAAACAAAGCCAAGAUAAAUUAUA